AAACUAUUCCUAAUCUGGUUAAAGAUGACUGGACCUACAACCCAUAUUUUUACUUUCAACAAGAUGUUCAUCUUAACUUUUACAAUACUGAACAUACUACUGACCCAGACCCAAGACCCCUUCCACAUUUAUCACAUCCAUGUUUUAACUGA